CCCGGCUCCUCCAGCAGCCUGACGCUGACCGAACAGCCCGCAGCAUCCCGGCGGUACCAAGAUCCAACUUUUUUUUUUUUUUUUUUUUUAAACAUCCCCCUCCUGCUCCUCGGACACCCAUCCCCUGUUACUUUUCACAUCCAUUCCCGGGAGAUAAGUCAAUUAUUCCCUGGGAAUUAAAGGAGGUUGCGCUUUUUUUGUCUGCGUGUGUGUGUGUGAGUGUGUGUGUGUGAGUGUGUGUGUGUUUACUCCGGGGAUCCGCAUGGAUGUGGCAGCGGUAGAGGGGAUGUCUCUGCCGGGUAUCCGACUCCGGAAUCGGCCGACGCAAGUGAUGCCGAGCCAGAGGAAGGUCAAAGCGAGGCGGAAAAGACGAAAGGAGUUGGUUUUAAUCCAGAUCUGCUUGUUCGGAGGCUUGCUCCUGGUCGUGAAGGGCUUUUCCUACUUAGCGGAAAAUUCAGGUUUCGAUGUCUCCAGCCACAGCAGCGGCGACCAGGAGAGAUGGGGAGGGAGGAGGCUACUGCAGGAAAUUGACAACAGCAGCCUGGAGGAAGAGGAGAGAGAGGAAUCUAAGAACUGCACUGCUCCAGCUCUGCACGAGUUCCCGACAGACCUGUUCACACACAAAGAGCGAACAGAGGGAGCUGUGGCCCUGCAUGUCCUGUGUACCAUUUACAUGUUCUGCGCCCUGGCCCUUGUCUGUGAUGACUACUUCGUCCCCUCCCUGGAGAAGCUGUGUGAGCGUCUCCAUCUCAGCGAGGACGUAGCAGGUGCCACCUUCAUGGCCGCUGGCAGCUCAGCUCCCGAGCUCUUCACAUCCAUCAUAGGGGUGUUCAUCACCAAAGGUGACGUUGGUGUGGGGACCAUCGUGGGUUCAGCUGUCUUCAACAUCCUCUGCAUCAUCGGUGUGUGCGGCUUCUUCGCCGGCCAGGCAGUGAAGCUCUCUCACUGGGCUCUUCUCCGAGAUUCAAUUUAUUACAUUUUUUCUAUCACGGCCCUCAUCGUGUUUAUCUACGAUGAGAAGGUGUGCUGGUGGGAGUCUCUUGUUCUGAUUCUUAUGUAUGCAGUCUACAUCCUCAUCAUGAAGUUUAACGGCAGGGCACAUCGCUACUUUGACCGUCGAAAGAAGAGCUCUGUGAAUCUGUCCAACGGGCUGACAGGAAGCACUGAUCUGGAGGACAAUGUCACGUGCGAUGCCACUGCAGUGCUGCUUAAGAAAGCUAACUUCCACUGUAAGCCGUCUGUGCUGAUGGUGGAUGAGCUGCUGUCUGCGUACCCCCACCAGCUGUCUUUCUCCGAGGCCGGCAUGAGGAUCAUGAUCACCAGUCACUUCUCCCCCAGAACCCGCCUCACCAUGGCCUCUCGGAUGCUCAUCAACGAGAGACAAAGACUGAUCAACACCACUGAGACUCGAGUCAACCGCAUCACCAACGGCGACUCUGACUCCGCAGCCAGGGCUCAGGGGAGGCGGGGGUUAGAGAAUGGGAUGGGCGGGGCUGAGCAGGGUCUGAACGGGAGGUGCAGACUUCAGCGACUGGAGUCUGGCAACGAGACAGAGAAUGAAAACGAAGAUAACGAGAACAAUGAGAACGACGAGGAGGGAGAGGGAGAAGAUGACAGUCAGGGCCCUCUGGUGCCUUUCAAAGUUCCAGCGGGAGCUUGCAACAAGCUGAAGUGGCUCACGAUGUGGCCGCUAUCCCUACUUCUGUUCUUCACCGUGCCCAACUGUGGCAAGCGGCGCUGGGAGAGAUGGUUCAUGGUCUCCUUCUUCACCGCCACCAUCUGGAUCGCUGGCCUCUCCUACAUCAUGGUCUGGAUGGUGACUGUGAUCGGCUUCACUCUGGGCAUUCCAGACGUAAUCAUGGGGAUCACCUUCCUCGCAGCAGGCACCAGUGUCCCAGACUGCAUGGCCAGUGUUAUAGUCGCACGGCAAGGUCUGGGAGACAUGGCCAUCUCCAACUCCAUAGGCAGUAAUGUGUUUGACAUCCUGGUGGGCCUGGGCCUGCCCUGGGCGCUGCAAACACUCUGCAUCGACUACGGCUCCAUCAUCCAUCUUAACAGCAGAGGACUCAUAUUCUCUGUUGGACUCCUGCUAGCCUCAGUGUUUGUCACAGUUCUCGGUGUCCAUUUGAACAAAUGGACUCUGGACUGGCGGCUGGGCUUGGCCUGCCUCAUCAUGUACGCCAUCUUUCUAUGCUUCUCCAUCCUCAUCGAGUUCAACGUCUUCAUCUUCGUCAACCUUCCCAUGUGUCCAGACAUCCACUGACCUCCCUCUUUUCCUCCUUCUUUGUCUUCUUCUUCUUCCCCCGGUUAACGGAGGAGAAACCUCACCUGGCUUCCAGUUUCUCGGCGCCUGAAACCAAGUCCUACCUUUUAUUUUUUCAAAUAGAAAAAGUAGAGCUGUAUGUAAUUUAUCUAUGGUGCAAUACACAGAAGACAGAAGACACCGCAAGUUUUUUGGGGGGGGGCCGGACAGGAGGCGCGAUAAGAAAGUCCUAGCAGCAGAGAUAUGCUGCCAAUCGUCUCAUGAACUGAAAGGUUGGCUGGAGUAAACUUAACUGUAUUAACACCGACGGUUAGGCUACUGUUGGUGAAGAAGCUGCUGCUACUGUAACUGACUGGCGGAAAGAGAGGAAUCCUGCGCUAACAGCGAUUUUUAGCUGGAUUGUUUGUUACUCUUUGUACAAGUUUGGAUAUAAGCACACGAUUAAGGUAUUUUUAAGUACUUUCUCUGUAUAUAUUUGAGGGUUAUAUAGGUACUAACAUUAGCUGAUAUAUGGGAUUCUCUUAUGCACAAUUGGAUCAGUCUUGCCAAGCUGAACGAUCCAGCGACAGUGACGAUAUUGUACGUUUUACUUUAGGGAUCUGGUCUGCCAGUAAUACACUCAAAAACGCUUCAACAUGUCUCCUAUGCUCGGUACCAGCCGACACAGCAUGCUGUACUAGCCACAACUCUAGCUUUGCACUGAUAGAGAGAAUCUAGAUAUUUAACACUAUUCACACGUGUAGAGUCUAUUCUUGUUUGUUUGUCUCUCUACAGGCAUUUCUGAGUAGAUCCGGGCUUUAUUUUCCCCACGUAGGAAAGGGAUCUGCCUGCAAGGGACAUCCAGCACUGUCACUUUAUUGAUUAGAGAUAUUAGCCUAUCAUUGCAAAGCGUCUACAGGUACUCUAAACAUAAUGUAACUACUGACUUUAAAGUUCCCUCUAGACGGUAGACCUCUUGUACAUAUUAAAUUAGUCUCUGAGUUGAGUAUAACAUUGUUUCUUCUUAAAGCCAAAAGUAUUUUUAGAAUAGGAGUAAGAGUCUUAGAUUUGGAUUUAAGAUCCAGCUCGAGUGCACAGUGUGUGUGCGUGCGUGCGUGUGUGAGUGCAUGUGACAGUCUCGAGGGGAACCAAGGACAUCACUGUUACUGGGAAGACAUAAUCAUGAUUUAUUUAUGAAUUAAUUUAUUCAAAGAUCAUGUCUAACCACCAGUUUCAGCCCUUUGGAUCAUGUACAGUGUAUUAAAUGGAACGCUCUCCGCUCUCUGACGACGGAGCUGUACAAUGUACUGUACCUAAUAUAUAAUCUAAGUACUGGAAACUGACUUGAUGUUGUUUAUAUUUAAGAAUAGAACUUUAUAAUUUAUAAGUUUUGUAUAGUUUGGAAAGAUAAUGCAACAUUUGUAUAUUGGUACGAACACAGAGGUUUUUGCCGAUGAUGCACGGCGGGGUUGAGACGGAAAUGUUCUGAUUUGGCGAGACGGACUGAAAAUGCAAUCUUUGGCCUUGUUUACACCUGGUAUUAACGUGUGUGUCUCGGGUGAUCUGAUCGCAGGUGGAAAACUUUAAGUCUGUCUGAAUGCAACUCCACAUGCGCUUCGAAUGGCCAGUUGUGAUCAGAUCUUACUUCCCCACCCUAUAUCCAAAUAAAGGACAUACAUCAUUCCUUUCACAAAGACCAAAUGUGUCCUUGUAUGGGGAGACACCCCAGGUGAACAGAUAGCACCAUGAAACUCCAUGAAGAGUGGAAAAUUACAUACAUUGUCAUUUCCGCCAUGAAAUUUCCCAUUUUAUUACUUAAAUUAGGAGAAUUAUUUUAUGUACUAAAAGUUUUAUGAAAUUUAAUGUUUAAAUAUUCAACAUAUUAUCUAAUUAAAUAUGUGCUUUUUGCACAGAAAUCUGAACUAAAAUAAAAACCUAACUGUGUAUUUAGGAAGUUUUCUUUCCACUUGUGUAAAAGAAGACUUUACAGAAGCGAAAUAGCCCAAAAUCUAAAAAAUGACCAGUGCAUGAAAACUGUUUUUUCACCUGGGGUGUCUCACCAUAAAUUACCCAGUUGCGAUGUGGAUCGUCCAGUUUCCAUUGUACUCUUUGGCCCAAAUGGAAAUCAGACUCCGUCUACAAGAAUCAAUUUGUCUGUUGUAGUUUCUUCUUCUUUUUCUUCUUCUUUAAUUGUUGUGGGUUCUUCCAAGGAUUUUAAAAAGAGGAGAAGUCACGGCCUCAUAUUACAUCAUACCAGUAGGGUACAAUACAUGCGCAUGGAAAUCUAGUCUGCACUUGAUGAAAGGCUCAACAGCUGGCGAUCUGUCAUAGAACAAGGGGGCAGCCUUAGGAGCGGUCGGCCUUAAGUCAGAAUAUUUUUGUAUGAAAAAUAAAGAUAUAGGCGAGAAUUAUAUCCUUUAAUUAUUGAAAAAGUUGGUAAUAGAAGACCAUAAACAAAUGCUUACAUAUACAAACACUGUAUUGUAUAUCUGCUGCCAUCCAAUUGAGUGUACUCAAAAGUUCUGUCAGGCCGAACGCACCCAAGGUUGCCAAAAACAGCGCACCCAAAAAACACCUGAGUUGACACUGUUACUUUAUUUCUAGUGCCAUCUGCUGUAACUCUCCAACGUCGCAGCUCCAUUUACAUAGCACAUGUGUCAUACGCCAAUGCUCCCAUGGGGUUAAAGAGUGUGCCCAGCCUUUUCCCACAAAUAAAUUCCUUCUUCCACCUACGCACAAGACGGCAGCUGAGUAGGCGGUCCUUCAGUGUGGCCCAGAACACAUUAGCGUACACCCUGCUGAACGAAUGUGGCCAUACAUGGCCCAGACCACCUCCGAAUGUGGUCUUAGCGAUCGGAUCUCAAGACACAUGGAGGACUCAUUGGGUGCAUUUACACCUGUACUUAGAGCUUUCUACUCUGAUCUGAUCACCCAAGACACAUGUCAAUACCAGGUGUAAAUAAAGCCUUUGUCACUGGUCCUAACACGGGUAGAAGAAGUUGCUAACCCCCUUGUGUGUUGAGCUGGUGAUGACUCAUGGAUGUGAUAGAUUCACUUUCAGAUAAAGAGGAAGUGCGUACUGAUGGCACACAACCCUUUGAACUUUCACAACAUAUUGUUUCUUAAACACAGUGCUUUAACUCUUGUGCCAUCCCUUGUAUUUGAGGCUUCAAAACCAACGCUCGUGGCCAUCCUCCUGCUUGUCUUUGAGCCAACAAAACUCCAUUUAUGUCAACAGUAUUGCCACUCUGUUUCAGCAUGUGUUCAAACAAAAUGUGGAAGAUAUGUAUUUUAUUUUUACCUUGAAGGAUUCUCACUGAGGACCCUCAUGUUAAUAGAGUUGCUGAUUAAUUAAAAAGCUGUCCUCUGUAGGUGUUCCUCCUGCAGCCACAAGAGAGCGCUGUAGGGCUGUGUUAAAUCUUCACAGAUGGCUGUUACCUUUACACUCACUAGGAAGUGGUCUGGGUAUAUUUUCAGGUAGGCUACAUAGAGAUAAAUACUGGUCGGUUUGCAUGCCUCUCUCAUAAUUCAGAUUAUUUUGUGUGUAAUUUUAAUGCAUUUCCAAGAUCAAAAGGCACUGUCUUGAUUAUGCUGUACAUAUCAGAGGGUUAUACUAUUAGAAACACAGAUGUUGGAAUAACUUCUGAUGAGCAGUUAUAUUUGAGGUAUAUACUGUAUUUAGAAUGUAGGCCUAGUUAGUUUUCAGCUAAUUAAUGUCGUUUUAUGCUCAUGUCUUUCCAAUUGUUUGUAAAUCCUCAUUUUUGUUGAUGAGGACCCCUGGGCAGAGCUCAGAGCCGGAGAGAGAGAGGAAGAUGUUGGCCUUGUUCCCAGUGGUCUUCUUGCAAUAAACUGA